AUGGUGCCGCUAGGUGUGGCCGCCGCUGCCUUGUCCAGCGACGUGCUCGGCGCUGCCGGCUUGGGCCCGUCCGACGUCGGCGACGAGGGCGAGGAUGAUGAGAACUUAUGGAUGGAGGACUCGACCGAUCGCAAGACGCGGACGACGUCUUGGAUUCUGAGUGGCAGAUUUCAGGAUGAUCUCGUGUUGUUUCGGAUCUGCCUGCAGAGAUCUAUGCCAUGGGUUCUUCGGCAGCUUCGGUCUUCCAGCGUUUUUUUCGAGCGUGAACAGCAAGCUUGCUUCUUGCGGGACGGUAGCCGUCAUUACCAGGCGAUUUUACGGUACGAAGGCGAGGACAACGGCGCCUUCAUGAAUGGUAUUGGCGACAUGGUUUUCAAGGAUUCCGAAUUCGAUCUCGUCAGCUGUCGCACCGAGUCCCAGCAGUUGAUGGCAUUCCUCAUGAGCAUUCGGCUGGGCGCUGCCGCGCACGAGCUUGUCAUCACCAGAUGUCGUAAGCCACCCUAUCCAACGUUAGCGGCUCUGAAGUACCCAGAGGUUCUUGAUCAGCUGCCCAAGCAAUGCCCGAACACAUUGGACUCGUACACCAGAGGUUUCUUGUCUUUCUAUAAAGCAGACAUUCACGGAGCUGGCGCCAGGGCCGAACUUACUUCAGUGGACUUGCUGGCUGAUACCGACACGAGCUCCACAGAACGAGAACAUUCAGUCCAAGCCAAGAAAGCGGGUUCAACGACAACGAACAAAAAACACAUCAUGGAUCUGAGUGCAGAGGUGUUCUUCUCGGAGGAGAUGUCAACUGGCUUGUGGCGUUCGCGUCCGACUGACAAGGCUGCCCUUCGUGCGCAACCUUCUGGAUGUCGAGGCGACCCUGAAGACGGACAUCAGCGUGAGCAGGUUUGUCGCAUGGGGCCGUGGCGGGCGUUUCUUUAUUGUUCUGGCUUGCCGAUCAACCCAUCGUCGAUGGCAGAACUAUCACUUCUCUAUGGCGGGUUGGACGAAGAGCAGAUGCAGUACUACGAGCAGCUCGGUCGCAUCAUGUCAACGGUAGCUCGCGCUGGUGCACAGCUACGGCCACAGCGGAAACGGCCACGGAUCGACGCGCUUCCGUUGGACGAUGGCAUGCCAGAGGGGUCAGUGGCAGACGAGCCUGAGGAUCCAGACGCUGACGACGACCGCCGCCACACCACCGCUAAUUACAAGCUCUGCAUGCGGGAGUUCCGCGACGCGCUCCGUCGCGAGAGGCAGGCGCACCGAGAGUUGACGUCCAAGCAGGUCGAGAUCGAGAAGGAGGUCAAGGCUGGCUCGCCCGACCCAGCGACACUUUCAGCUACCAUGAGGUCGUGGCGCCUGAUGGGCGCAGAGCAGCAGGCGCAUUUCCAGGCGGAGCACGCCCAUUCCCACUCUGCGUUCGUCACCCUUGACUUGUCCACCGAUGAGGCGUUGGAGGCCGCUGGCGAAGCUGCUGCUGAAUUUACGCAGGAGGCAGCAUCGCAAGAGUGGAGGCGCCUCCACGCGCAGAUCAUGACAUCGCGCGUUGAGAAACUCGGGAAGGUACCGACCACUCGUACACAGUGUUUCGAGGCUGGCUAUUGUGUGUGCCAAGGCGACCUCGGAAAACUCAUGAGACUGUCCGUGGCCCGCUUCCGUGCUGCUCUUCGUGGCUUGAAGGCGGCGCGUGGCACGAAGAAGCACUUCAAGCUGCUCGUGAAAGACGUCCCGAUGCUGGUUGUUAAGGUCGAGGCUGUGAAUGGCGCUGGGGAGAACCUUGGAUCUGACCUGUGGCUGCACGUCAGUAAGUAUCGUGAACUACCAACGUUGUACCCUAUCUUCUGCAAUAUGAUUCGUCUCCCUGCUGAAGACCGCCAUGACUUAAUUGGCGUGGCGCCAGUCCAGGACUGCAGGGUCCCAGACUUCGUCGACAUUUGGGCGGUGUGCCGUCGCUUGCUACCCUUGGAUGAUGCGUUGAACCUCGUGUUCUACAAGCUCGUUGGGCAACCGCAUGUACGAGUUCUCAGGGUAACACCGUCACGACAAAGGGUUCAUCGAUUGCAUGUGGAGGGGGGCGCGUACCCAGCCAUCGCCAUCUGGGACGGCGCGGAGGCCGAGCAGCAGCUUGCAGCGACCGCCGAACCUGAAUGCGCAGCAGGUGACGAUGAUGCCGCGUCCCAGCAUGGAUUCCAUUCCGACGGUGGUUCCUCGGCAGCGCUAUUCAUGGACAGCGACGGGAGCGCUGACGACGACCUGUUCGAAGAGAUGAUGCGUGACAACAUUGAGGAUGACAUCGGGUCCGUGCCAUCGGAUAUUGACUUGGAAGAACACAUCGACCAACAGUUGCGCCAGUUCUCGAAGCCACCGUCUUCAUGUCCAGGCAGCCCUGUCUCGGUGUCGGGCGACGUGCCGAUGGAGCCGAGCGCGCCCUCCAGUGGACCUGGUCAUGUCAAGGCUUCGCGUGAGCUCAAGUGGAACAGUAACGCCAUCACCGUCAACACUGACCAUGGGACCAUCAAGUAUUAUAGGGUGACGAAGCGCUUGGUAGCAGAGCUGCCGCUCGCAGUGUUCAAUGUGAAGACUACGCAGGAGAGGUCGUGCAACGCAUCUUUACAUCGUUGCAGGGGGAGGCCGAUCGGCUACUUGAUGGCGUGGCUGAUGCUCCCGAACGUGGAGGGGUUCCAGGCGAGCCUCGACGUUCGAAAGAGAUGCAGGGAGAUGUUCAAAGCGAUCGGUGGUCCCGAGGUCGAGUUCAUUUUGAACCAUGGUGAGCGCGAGCUUCAGCCUGGGGAGCCAGAGGAGCCCGAGUCUGCAGACUGA